UUGCAAUGAAACAUUUAAACCAGACAGAAAUAGUAUAUAAUAGCGUAGAACUAAUUCACUAAUGUUGUAUGGAAAGAAAAAGACUAAGAAAAUCAAAGCAGUGACCGGAGAAGAUGGCCAUAUAGAGAAUAAUGGUGGAAAAGUUUGGGUUCAUACAUGUGUGGAAACACUUGUGUUCAUAUGUGUAUUCCUUUCUUUAAAAAAGUCAUGAAAUUAGAGCUAACUAUAUUAGGAGCUGUUUUUAUUCAUUUAGAAGAUGUUCCAUUCAUUUUUUCUUUAAAAAAGGCAUGAAAUUAGAGGUAACUAUAUGUUUAGGCAAGAAAUUGAUAAUUUCUUCUAACAAUUAAAUAAUCGAAAGGGAAUCGUACAAGAAAAUAUAACAAGAAUUAAUAACAGAAAGUAAAUAUUGAAUUGAUGAAUUCGAUUGAUUUCUCUAUAGUGCUGGUCAAUCCAUUUGAUCGUAAGAAAUGAUCUCCUAUUUAAACUAAAAUCCCAAUCUCCAUGUGUUGUCCAACUGUCCGCCAGAAUAGCUCCCACUCCCCUUGUUACGUGAAAGUAGUUGCCCACUCCUAUCAGCAAUUUGUUUUCCAUUUACUAAUCCAUCCUUAUCCAUCUUUCUUAUCCUCUCGUGGGCUUUGUCUCUUCUAAUUGAUGAACAAUAACAAAAAUAGGACACGUGUGGAACAUGGGCCAUCCUAGUAACAAUUCUCGUCCCAACAAUUGUCCCCUUUCGAGAAGUUGAGGCGUAGGGACGCACAUGUCAACCCGUCGAGCAUCAACUUGUCGAAAUUUGAAAGAACUUAAACUUGUCGUCAUUGCCCAUCAACUCGUCAUCUCACUGACAUGUCGUCAACCCGUCACUCGUAUGUCGAGACGCUUCCACCAAUCCGUCAUUUGUCGGGUGAGAUGCUUUCUUCAACUCGUCACCCGUCUGACGGGACGACUUCCGUCAACUUGUCAUUUGUAUGAGGCGACGCUUCUAUCAACAUGUCACUCAUCUGGCGAUCGAUAUGCUUUUGUCAACUCGUCAAUCUUCAUAUAAGACGCUCCCGUCAACUUGUCACUUGAACGGCGAGACACUUUCGCCAACCCGUCAAUCUUCAAAUAAGACGCUUCCGCCAACUCGUCAUUUUACUUGCAAGUAGUUUUUGAUCGAAUCCGUCUAUUUGACUGAAGCAAUGAAGAACGAGGGCUGAUCUCCUAUGCUCUUCUUCCAAAUCUAGGCAGUGCUGACGAGUUACAGCUUCGUCCAGAUUGAUGUCGACACUUCAGUUGACAUGGGUGAUUCUGUCUGUAGUUGAAUAUGACGACUUGGGUUGUGUGAACUUGAUCCAUACCCUGCAAAAGCUUUAAACAGCGUUACGUUUUUCGUUUGUACUAUCUCCUUAUGUUGGAGCAUGUGCUUCUGUUGUGUAGUUCUGUAUUUUUGUUGUUCGUGCGUUGUCACAUAUGUUUUGGUUGCACGCGCGUUGUCAUAUAUGUUUUGGUUGCACGUGCGGUGUCAUAUACGUGUGUAUUUUUUGGCCAAAAAAUAUAUAUGUUGUAAGGGCCGACUGGGACUGUUAUCCAUGAUCUUCUCAUGGGCAGCCCAGCCCUUUCCCAGUUGAUGUCAGUGUAUAAUAUGUAACUGGCAUGAGCAUGGUUGAAAUCCUAGUUGCCUCAAUAAUUACUUGGUCUUAUGCGUCGAGAUAGUCCUGCAUCCAUUAAAAACCGUCAAAGCUGGCCGUUGGCUUUGGGCCAACGGCCCUCUGAUGAUUAAGUCAGUAAAAGCAAUGAAUAUAUCUUGAAGCGGAAAUGUAUACUCUACACCGAAUACGUCACAACUUUCUAUGAACAAGAUGACCACAUAAUGUUUUCAUAAAGGAUCCAAAAUUUAUUGAACUCAAGCUUAGAAAUGAGAUAGGUUAAUCAUGUACAAAAUAACUCAAAGGAAAAUGCAUAGAUUAUUAAAGAAACCAAAUUUUAACUAGACUCAAUCUAUUCUAAAUCAUUCACUCGGUUUUAUAAAUGAUAUGAGAUUUUUCAGAUUAAACUCACUGAUCUGUCAGGGGUCAAAGUAAGACAAGACCUCAAAGUGACGUACAGACUGACCAAUGACCAUGACGCUUUGACAGAUUCGUCGUACUCGAUACGUCAUUGUUUUCUAAAUGAACUUACAAGGACCUGUGACGUAUUAAAGUAACUUACUGAUGGUGCUUCAUUAAACUUGGCGUCUCGUUUGGUUUUCUGUACUCAAAACGUUGUUAGGGUUGGUCGUUGGCCUUAAGCCAAUGGCCCUCCGAUGAUUAAGUUAGUAGGUGAUCAUUUAUAGAUAAAUGAAAAUAAUAGAUUAAGAAUAUGUAUACCAAUCUAGAUAAGUUAUCACCAUAACAUGUCUACCGUAGGGUGAUAUGCCCCCCGUCUGACGAUUUCAAUCAUUUCGUCACCGAAGUGAGUUAUCACGAAAGUGACUCGUCACAGAAAUGACUCGUCACGGAAGUAACUCGUCAAGAAAGUGAUUCGUCAUCAAAGUGAUUCGUCACGAAAGCGAUCCGUCACAGAAGUGACUCGUCACGGAAUUGACGACAAUAUGCGAAAGAAAGUAACAAACUAAAAAUGAAACAACUUUUAAGGGUACCGUAUUGUAGCUCUUUAGAAUCUGUCUAUCAUCGGACGAUGUGCCCCCCGUCUGACGAUUUCAAUCACUUUGUCUUGUUCAUUUCGUCAUGGAAUGACGACUCGUUCCUCGGGUCUUGAAUAAGGUUUCCCAGACUUGUAAUCAAGCCUCCUAGGAGAUUCUGAUUUCCCGUGCCCCCAUUCAUGCUCAACAUGUCCAAGACGGGAUCGUAAGUCUUCUUCUAGACGGAUGAAAGCCAAUGCCUUUGCUUGGACAUCUUCGAAGGAUCGACAAGGGUAUUUCGUCAGCUCUCGGUAUAGCUCUGAAUCUUCAUAUAAACCUCUUCUGAAUGCUUCAAUGACGGUAGAGACGUCACAUUUUGGGAUCGACACCUUCCUUACGUUGAAUCUGUGCAAAUAAUCUCUAAUUGAUUCACCAUGCCUCUGUGUGACUUGAUACAAGUCACUGGUCCGUCUUUCCAAUACCCUACUACUCGCGAACUGUCGAUUGAAAAGAUUGACGAGUUCGGCAAAUGAACCGACGCUUCUAUUCGGAAGAUUGACGAACCAUGUCAAAGCGGGACCAGCCAGUGUUAUGCCAAAUCCCCGACACAUACAUGCCUCUCUCUGUUCAAGUCUAACGGAGAUGGUCGACAUCACUUGCUUAUACCGUGCGACAUGUUCUCCAGGAUCCGUGGUUCCGUCAAAUGGCUCCAUGGUUGGUACGUCAAAUUUAUUCGGCAGCUGGACACGAAUGAUCGAAUCGUCAAAAGGUGAAUCUUCAUAACACGUUCGUGACGCUCUGCCCAAGGGCGUUGGUACCCCUGGCAAUCCGUUGAGUUUGUCCUGCAUCGGUCGCAUUUGCUCCCUCAAUAUAGCCAUCUGAUCUGCCAUAUCCGGAUGGAGGGGAACUGGAAACGACGAUGUCGGUGCUGCCAUCUGGCUGACUUCAUGACAGAUUGAUGAUGGAGUGAAGAUCAUUUCAGGACGUCUUUCAGGAAACGUCGAUGCUAGUAACGCGUCAAAUCCGUCAUAGCGUCGCAGUUGAGGUUCUAGAAAUGACACGCUGGGCCCAUUCCGUCUGGCGUCCUGCAUGAAACUUGAUGGGCCGGCUUCUGCACCAUUCCUGCUCCUGUAAUGUGGGAUUGACGGCCCUGCUGGGAUAGGGGUCACACCAGUUGACGGAUCGGAGUUGGAUGGACCGGGAUCUCCGCUGGUUCUGCUCCUAUAAUGGGGGAUCGACGGUUCCGUCAUGGUGGAGUACAGAGUCGUCGUCGGCAGGCUUUGAGUUGCUGCUUGCAAGCCUGAUCCGUUUGCCCUGACCCGAAGAGAUUCCGGGAAGAAACAAACCGGUAUGUUGGCUGGUGGUGUCGGCGUUGGCAAGAGUGGCGUAUACGGAAUGACUUGCGAGAUUACCGUUGAGCAUGGCUCCCCAGUCGGUGUCGGUGACAGACCCAAUGUAAGAGAGACUGGAUCCGUCGAUGAUGCUGGUGGAUCCGUCGAUGUUGCGGGUGGAUCCGUCACUGCUGGGGAGAAACAAAGAUCCAGUCGUGUUACGGCAGUCAUUGUGUCACUCUUCCGGUUGAGCUUUGACUUUGAGGCUAUUGACACCGCAGACUGUACCUGGGACCGAAGUACAUCAUUUUCCCGUUGGAGAUGAGCCAUCUUCUCCGCCAUCUCGCGCCGGAUUUCAUCUCGGACCGUCUCUAAUUGCUCAUGGAAUUCAAUCAACAAUUGAUUUGCUCCUUCCAUAUGUGAUCUUUUUCUUGCACGAUGCCCCACGGUGGGCGCCAAAUUGUUUAGACAAGAAAUUGAUAAUUUCUUCUAACAAUUAAAUAAUCGAAAGGGAAUCGUACAAGAAAAUAUAACAAGAAUUAAUAACAGAAAGUAAAUAUUGAAUUGAUGAAUUCGAUUGAUUUCUCUAUAGUGCUGGUCAAUCCAUUUGAUCGUAAGAAAUGAUCUCCUAUUUAAACUAAAAUCCCAAUCUCCAUGUGUUGUCCAACUGUCCGCCAGAAUAGCUCCCACUCCCCUUGUUACGUGAAAGUAGUUGCCCACUCCUAUCAGCAAUUUGUUUUCCAUUUACUAAUCCAUCCUUAUCCAUCUUUCUUAUCCUCUCGUGGGCUUUGUCUCUUCUAAUUGAUGAACAAUAACAAAAAUAGGACACGUGUGGAACAUGGGCCAUCCUAGUAACAAUUCUCG